UCAGAUUUGUUUAUGGGUUUUAGAAGUUACAGCUGCUUCAUCUCUCUCUUUUACAUAUAUUUGUGCAAACUAGUAUAUAUGUGAAUAAUGAUAAUCAUAAAUUAUAUAACUGUAACAAAUCAUUAGGAAAUACAGCAGGUGUGUUAGUAUUAAUAUGGUUUUGUGUUCGUUGUUCAUACAGGUGAUAAUGACUGGAGCACCCAACAAGUGUCAACACGGAGGGGUUUAAAUGAGGGAGUCUCUUGUAAUUUACGAUUAUGGAGAACCAGGAGAGACCCACAUCUAAUUUAAAUGUACUGAUCACGGAUCGUUGGCCUCUGUCAGAGUAUGUGCAUGAUGAGAGAGCCGACUGGAGUAUAGAAGCAAUGAGAACAAAUUUACAACUGAUCUAUAGAGAUAUUCACCUAAGAGGCCUCCUCAGGAGAAGACCUAACAUUCCUACCGGCUCGACUGAAGUUAAAACUGCUCAUGUGACCUCAGACCGGCCUCAGACUGUUCUCGUCAAUGAUGCCGCCAAACACCGCAUGGAUGGUCUACUAGAUAAGGCUAUUUGUACUGAUAGUCUCCCUAGAAAGAAUCUGAAAAGGAAAGGGAAGACAGUGCACAAAAUUCAACAGAGGGAACCCAAGGAUGUGAAGAGGAUAAACAAACACACGAACAUUGUCUCGGCCUCAUCCAACACAAAGGGAGGAAAGUGUCAAGGCAAAGUCACCAAAGCUACUGGUAAACAAGUUUGUGUGACAUUAUCUACCUCUUCAUCAUCAUCAUCAUCUACAUCAUCUUCAUCAUCUUCAUCAUCAUCAUCUACAUCAUCUUCAUCAUCUACAUCAUCUUCAUCAUCUACAUCAUCUUCAUCAUCAUCAUCUAAACCGAAUUGUACAUCAUCGCUGAAGGGGACUACAGGUAAACAGCAAGCUAGACUCCUCCCUAAACCUAAGACGCCAAGUUCAUCUGGCGUUGGUUUGAGCAGCUCUCCGUCCAAGGUAUAUACAUUAUGUAAAAGGGUUGUACGUCUUAAGAGAGGUGAAGUGAUGAAAUUAGUUGGCAACACAUUUAUUAUAGAAACGGAUGAGCCAAGGAUAGAAAAGAUCAAGCCAAAGAUAGAAAAGAUCGAGCCAAGGAUAGAAAAGGAUGAGCCAGGGAAACAAAAGGAUGAGCCAAGGAAACAAAAGGAUGAGGCAAGGAAACAAAAGGAUGAGCCAGGGAAACAAAAGGAUGAGCCAGGGAAACAAAAGGAUGAGCCAAGGAAACAAAAGGAUGAGCCAAGGAAACAAAAGAUCGAACCAAGGAUAGAGAAGGACAAACCAAGGAUAGAAAAGGAUGAGCCAGGGAAACAAAAGGAUGAGCCAAGGAAACAAAAGGAUGAGGCAGGGAAACAAAAGGAUGAGGCAAGGAAACAAAAGAUCGAACCAAGGAUAGAGAAGGACAAACCAAGGAUAGAAAAGGAUGAGCCAAGGAUGGAAGAAGCAGACAUGGCUAAUACCAAGUCGAACACAGACACGCCAGACUUUAGUACUCAAACAUAUGUGACUGCAUGUUGCGACAGUUCCAGUUCCUCUAGCAGCACUGAAAUGUUGGAACCUAUAGGCAUGAACUGCAUGAAAGAUAUAAUUUAUUUACUCAGUCAUCGGUUUGGAGGAACACAGAUGGAUAACUUUGAGGUAUUGAGGAGGAACAGCUUCAACAUUCUCAGAACAAUCCAGGAGCUUCAGUACCUGCAGCUAAAUAAAACAUGUGCCCAAGAAAGAAAAUGACGCUGGCAGCUGAGGUUAGCCAGACCCUGAGAUACGUACUUUCCUUGUGGAGUCCAGUCGGCUCCCAUGCAUUCUCCCAAAGUCUGAUGACCACUGCACCUGAUAUUCCAAGAAUUUUCCCGUCGCUAUCUGCAAAGGUGGCUGAACAAACAAUUAACAGUACGGUAUCAUUUAGAGUGAGACGCUACAGCUGUGGAUGAUGCCUCAGAAGCUGCUAGAAGACAAAGCCAAUGUUUUGUUUCAGCAAGACUGUGUGUCUACUCCACUUUCACAGUGAGGUACAACAUUACUGAAUGACCAGCUGCCUGAUCCUCGGGUUGGUUGUGGAAGACUCAUUCUUUGGCUGAGCCCCCUUGACUUUUUCCUCUGGGGUUAUCAGCAUCUUUAGAAAACUUGAAGGAAAGGCUAUGUAAGGGUGUUAGAAAAAUUCAGUACAGUAUGACUUUGAAAAUUGGGAACAUCAUCUAUAACUAUCCAGAACAGGUGGUACAUACUUGCAAGGAAACAUAACCUGUUAUCAAAAAGCACAUAGAGAUCAAAUUACAAAAAUAAAAUUACCCAUGUUAUAUACUGUACUGUAAACACAUCACUUGAAACCAUGAUGAGUGUUGGUGGCAGACAAUACUGUACAGUACCUGGCAUGUAACCACUCAAGUUUGUGAAUUGUCAAAAAGAGUCAAAUACUGUCCUGUAUUAGGUAGGAUCUAGUUGUCUCCAUUAUGAUUUCAAUAUACCGAAAAUAAAGUCUAUUGGAUGUAAGCCAACGGCAGCAGCUCCGAGUGAUGAACAUCGAGACCUGAUGUCAGAAGCUCCAACUUAUGACAAAUUGUGUCAUAAAAUUAUCUUUGUAAAUCUAUGCAAGAAAUGCCUAUAAAAGGUGAGACUUGGGAGUCAAUGGGCCAUCAUGAAUUUAGCCUCCCUCGGUAGACCUUUCAAAGACAUCUCAAAAGUUAUUACGUAAUAAAUUAUCAAAGCACUGUACUGUUCUGCAAUACAUAGAACCUUCACUUAAUAAAAUUUUACCCAAAUUAA